CAUCAACAUAAACUCCAAAAUAGUUCGCAAUAACAAGCCCACAUGUUUUUCAAAGAUGGUGAAAAAAACAAACACGCUUCGUGAUCAGCUCAAAGAACUCGAGAACCCUGCUUUCUCUGUGACAUUUAACGAUCCAGAAGAUGAAGAUGAUCUUACCAAAGCCAAAGUUACUUCUACCGAAGAAUUACUACAAGUACAAGAGGAUGGGACCUUUGGCAAUUUGCGCAAAAAGGCAGUGCUCGUAACUGAAACAGAAAACGAACCAAAAUACUCAGGAAAAAGAACAACAAGAGUUGACUUUAAAAAAUGGCACGAUGGGGACCAAGGAGAAUCUGAUGCAGAAGUUGAUAGUGAUGAGGAUGAUGCAGUGGGUGGCAAAGGAGGUAUGGAUGAUGAUGAUGACAGUGAGGCUAGUAAAGAUGAAGAUGAUAUUGCUCUUGAUCAAGAUGAUAGUGAUGAUGAUGACAGUGAUAUGGUUGAAGAUGACAAUUAUGAGAAUGAAAAAUUGGCAGAUAAUGCUAUGAUAUUUGACCCCAGCAAAAUCCCAAAUGAUUUAAAAACUUCAUUUCUUGAAAACAAUGAUGAUGAUGACAGGGGUGGUGUUAGUACAUUUACUCAAUCAAAAGAGCAGACAGACAGACGGAAAGGUGAAGCUACCAAAUCUCAGUUAGCCAUCCUUGACAAAAUGUUAGAGUCAAGAAUAAGACUUCAGAAAUCAUUACAACUUACCAAUCGAUUACCUCAAAAUGAUACAAUGAAAGAAUUCAAAAGUCACGGACAAGUCAAAGAAGUUUAUGAAACAGCAAAAGGAUCGCUGUUACAUGUACUUCGCCAGUUACUAUCUUUGCAAGAUAUGAUUUUAAAUACGAAUGUUGAGACAAGUACGUUACUUACAUCUGGGAUGAAAAAAAAGAGUGACGUUUUGUCUGAUGAAGAAAUAAAAAGUGACACUGAAGAUGAAGAAAAAGAAGAAGAAGUGGAAGAAAAGACCACUAAAAAUAUUUUAAAUCUUCCAAGUAAAAGGAAGCACACUCUGACAAUACAUGAAUACGAAGAAGAAAUUAGCAAGCGACACAAAGCAUUGAAAGUCUUUCAAGAUUCAACCAUCAACAAAUGGUAUGAAAAAACAAGAUUGAGUUCUGGCAAAAUAACCAGCAAGAGUUUUAGUUCAUUUGAUAAAUCUACUCUACAGCAGAUCAAUCAGGUGUUAGCUGAUAAAGAUCGUCUGAUUAAAAGAACUCAACUCAAACGUUCACCAUACACUAUAUUAGGAAAAACAGAUGAUACCACAGAUGAGGUUGUUGACCCUCAUUUGAAAGAUUAUGAUGAGAAUAUAUUCGACGAUGGAGAUUUUUAUCACGAGAUGUUAAAAGAAUUGAUUGAAAGAAAAUCAAACGUAGAUUCAAACGACCCUGUUGCAGCUAGCAGACAAUGGUUGGAACUCCAAAAGAUGAGGAGUAAAAUUAAACGAAAAAUCGAUACAAGAGCAAGUAAAGGGCGCAAAGUUAGAUACGACGUUCAUUCGAAACUGGUCAGUUUUAUGGCACCUCAAAAUGUUGGAAUCAUGUCUGACCAAGCAAGAAACGAUCUUUUUGCUUCGUUAUUUGGUCGUACACCUUCUCAACCAAUCAGAUGAUGUCAUAUGUUUCAGUCAACCAAUCAAAUAAGAUUUACGUAAAUUAUUUGUUUUGUAUUCAAUAUAUUACCUAUACUCCACAAA